AUGGGAAAGGUUCAUCUUAAAGGGAAUGAUACCAAAGAAAAGAAAACUGAGUUUAGUUUAGUGCGUGUCACAAGUGCCUGGAAGUGUAAACUGGGAAAGAAGGUCACUGCUGGCUGCGUCUCUGCUGCAAAAAUCUAUGAGAGCAUCACAGAACAGGGCACCAGUUGGACAGUGGUCAGCCCCAUCAUCUUUACUUACAAGGUGACUGAGACCCGGCACUUGCUGGACCCAAGCAACGACACCCUCCUGCUGGGCCACAUCACCGAUCCGCAGCAGCUGGAAGACAUUCAAAAAUCAAACAAGCCAAUCAAACGCUUCGUGGUCGUUGACCAGGAAGUCUACAAAAUCUACGGUGCCAAGCUAACUGAAUAUUUAGAGGCCAACAAUGUUGUGUACAAGAUCUUGUGUCUACCUACCACUGAGGAGAACAAAUCCAUGACAAUGGCCUUGAAGAUCCUAGAGGAGGUCAACAACUUCUCCCUUGACCGCCGCACAGAGCCCAUCAUUGCCAUUGGUGGCGGGGUGUGCCUGGAUAUAGUGGGCCUGGCUGCCUCACUCUACAGAAGACGCACCCCUUACAUCAGGGUCCCAACCACACUGAUCUCCUACAUCGAUGCCAGCGCGGGAGCAAAUACAGGGGUUAACUUUGCAAAUUGCAAGAACAACUACAUUCCACCAGCCGCAGCCUUCCUUGACCUGUCCUUCAUACAAACUGUUCCACGACGUCGCAUCUCCAACGGGCUGGCAGAGAUGUUAAAGAUGGCCUUGAUGAAACACAGAGGCCUCUUUGAGCUUCUUGAGACACACGGCCGCAUGCUAUUGGACACUAAAUUCUAGGCUGACAACAGCGUGUACGGCCACAACUGCUUACAGGCUGCAUCACAAGCAACUCGUAUAGCCAUUGUAACCAUGCUGGAGGAGCUGGCCCCAAACCUUUGGCAGGAUGACCUGAACAGACUGGUGGACUUUGGCCACCUUAUUAGCCCAGCAUUAGAAAUGAAAGUUCUCCCAUCUCUGCUGCAUGGUGAGGCAGUGAACAUUGAUAUGUCGUACAUGGUUUACGUGUCCAAGGAGCGUGGUCUUUUGACAGAGGACGAAAAGCAACGGAUCAUCAGCUGCAUGGUGGGCCUGGCGCUGCCCGUCUGGCACGAGGCGUUCACCAUGGAGCUCAUACAGAAGUCUCUGCAGGAUAGGCUGAAGCAUUCCGGAUGCCUGGUCAGAAUGCCUCUGCCUGUUGGUCUUGGGGAAGCGGACAUUUAUAAUGACACAUCUUGUGAGAUCCUGCACAAAGCUUUCGUGAAAUGGUGCGAUGAGCUCAGUGGUUCCUCUGACAGCAACUGA